UAGGCACUUCGUCUUUGGCAUAGAAACAUGACUGUACGGCUCUUUGAGGGCAAGGAUCAUGCCACUGCUUACCUGCAGUACAGAGUAGCCCCCCAUGAAUUAAUCAGCAAGAUUAUGAGCUACGUGAAGAAAGGUAAUGUGUAUGUUCACUCACCAAACCAACUCAACCUUGCAGUGGAUGUGGGCUGCGGUUCGGGGCAAGGGACAACUCUAUUGGCUCCGUACUUCAGCAAUGUUGUUGGAACAGACAUCAGCCCUGCCCAGCUGGAGAUGGCACUGGUCAAUAGCAACCCUCCAAAUGUAUCAUACAGGCAGUGUCCAGCAGAAGAGCUACCAUUCGUUUCUGGUGAGGUGGACCUUGUGACGGCCAUGACAGCGGCCCACUGGUUUGACCGGCCGAAGUUCCUUCUGGAGGCUGACAGGGUGCUGAGGCCUGGAGGCUGCCUGGCUCUCCUGAGCUACACAAUGGACAUGGGGCUGGAAUAUGGGGACGUCUCCAACACACUCAAUGACAUCUGUAAAGAGUUCUACGCUGCCCUGCUUCAUUUCCGAGACCCUUACAUAGGAUCGAGCUCUGUGAAGAUCUACUCAGACAUGUUUGACUCCUGCUCUUACCCUGACAAAGAGUGGACUGAGUGUCUGCUGGUAAAAAAGAUCUUGCCAUUGAAUGGAUACAUCGGCAUGGUGCAGACCUUCUCCAACUACCAGAAACUGCAGCAAAAGGACCCCGCUGAGGCUGAACGUCUUUCUAAUGACAUCAGGAACAAGUUGCUGUCUGCCAUGAAGGUGUCUUCUCCUGACACAGAAGUUACAGUGGUUGUGAAGUAUUUCUAUUGGCUGGCCUGCAAACCUCAAUCUUUCUGACUGGCUUCAAUCUUUCUGACUGGCUAAAUCCUUGUAUAUCAGAGUUUUCAAACAUUGUUGGCUCUUAAAAAAACCAAUGUCUGAUUGUGACCCUUUGUCAGCAGGUGUAUGUCUUCUGGUUGUGAUAAGCUAUACCAAAAAGACCCAAAAAGCUAAAAAUGAUCCAGCCAAUCUCAAGAAAAUGUCUAAAUAAACCAUUAUUGUGUUUUA